AAUUACAUUAUGAUAUGGAAGAUCUUAUAGCCUGUUGAUACGGACAUACAGAGACAUAUAUGGAGCAGCCACUUGUAAAUGGUGUUGGAAAUUGAUGGUAUUCCUAUGGAAGGUAAAUACUAUAAAGAAUUGUUCCAGUGUCAGGAUAUGUUUGACGUUGUGGUUUAAUAAAUUCUUAGCAAUUAACAGAGGCAUCCUAGGCAAGUGACUUACUAAAUUGUGUAUGCAAGUGGCAAGCACAAGUCGUUGCAGGCAAGUGGUAUAUGCAACUGGCAAAGGAAAGUGACCAUAAACAGGUGGCAUAAGCAAGUGGCAAGCACAGGUUGUUGCAGGCAGGUGACAGAUACAAGUGGUGAAGGCCAGUGGCUACAAACAGGCAUAGAUCUGACGAGUGACAAGUGCCAGUUGUGCAUAGGGGUUAAACAUUAAACACCAGAUUGUAGACGACUGUAUCAACACGGAAGAGGCCCCUGUAAUGUCUUUAUAUUGGACACAUCGUCAAGUCUUGGGGAAGACGGCUUCACUCAGAUGAAAGAUGUAUUUAAGACUAUACUAGACGAGUAUGCUUGCCAUUCAGAAAUUGAUGAAAAUGUAUGUGUCAUCGUUUGUGGAAGAAAUACCAGGUUUCAACAUUAUUAUUCAAAUCAAUACGCUGACAUUAAAAGGCAUGUCGAUGAUGUGGAGUUUGGGGGGUUGUCUCCUCUGGCUGCUGCUUUUUUCCUUUCCCUAGGAGCAAUUCAAUCUGCUUAUACGAGAGUCAUAAAUGGUUUGCAUAUUCAUCCUCGAAUAAUUCUUAUUUCGGAUGGAAAACCGACAGAUUUUACUCGUAUUAGUGACGCUGAAGACUCGCCUCAAUGUGAACGAGAGGAGGAUAAAAAUCAGCUGCUGCAACUCACAAGAAAGAUCGGAAGGCGCCACCCCAUAUUUUGUAUACCUAUAGGAAAAGACCCGGAUGUGGCAUUUUUGGAAUUUGUCAGCGCUCAUUCAAGAGGAGGAAAAAUAGUGUAUCCGUCAGAAGCUGAACAAUUUGCAAAACAUUCAACAAAUAUACGAGCAGCAUCACUCUUGCAUUUUACGAUGAAGAAUGAUGGUUAUGACAGAGAAAUGAUAUUAACAUUACUAGCAUGCAAUAUGCCCGGAGAAGAAUUCACACAAAUGGACCAGAAUGAUAUAGUUGAUAUAUGCACAAAGAAAUCAUUGUACACUCAUUUGGAUGAAAUAACGGAUGAAGGUUUUGACGAAAUGGAUGAUCUACACAAAGAAAGAUUUUCACACCUACCCUUCCUUGGCACACGAGUUAUAAGAGGACCUGAUUGGAGGUAUAACAACCAAGACAAUUAUGGACCCGGUACAGUUGUUGGACAUUUUAGGAACGGGUGCCUUAUGGUAGAGUGGGAUACUGGGUCGGUAUUUGACUACAGAUACGGGUCAUCAAUCUUUGAGAAAGACAAGUAUGACGUCAUUGUAUGUGAUGAACCACGAAUGCUAGAGAAUGAAUUGAUUGCCGUCGGCUGUUUAGUCAAAAGAGGUCCAGAUUGGAAGUGGGGAAAUCAAGAUGGAGGUGAUGGAACUAUCGGCUCAGUGUACCGAGUCAAAGACGAUAUUAUUGCUUGUGUACGAUGGUCAAACGGUCAGACGUAUGAUUACAGGUUUGGGUAUCAUGGGAAAUUCGACAUUCAAGUAUGCGAUCCCUUCUCGUCAGAAUCAAUGGACUAUUUACAAGAUCAGAAGAGGAAAGCCACUUUGAGUCGAACAUAUAAAAUACCAUUUCAGUCUCCUGGAAAUACAUUCACGGAAGCUCCCCGUGACCAUGAUUCAAAAUUUGAUGAAACACCACGUGACUCUCGGUUACUUAGUCCUCAACGAUUAAAGGUAAUAAAAGGGUGUUAUUUCAAAAACAACAGAACGAAUGAUGAUUUGUCAUCAGAUAAAGAAUCUGAUGAAACAACAGAAUCGUCAUUAUCCAUUGCUGUAAAUCAAUGGAUGUGGAAAGAUUGCGAUGGAAAAUGGAACCCGUACCCCAGAAAGAUAAAUGACAGAAUUAACCAGUGUUACAGGAGAAACCCAAAUUCUACUGUAGUUGUGGCAAUUAAAGAACACUCUUUCAGAGUGGUGAUGUCAAAAAAUAUACAGAUAGACUUAAUGAACAGAGAGACGUUCGAAGUGAAAUUGCUAAAAAAAAUGAAUAGAAUUUGUUAAACUGCAUUUGUUACUUAAAUUCUGCAAAGCUGUGUUUGUCGUCAGUUACAGUUUCACCAACGCUGUAUCAAUCUACAAUGAUAAUAAUAGUAAUGAAAAGCAAAAGAUGUAUAUAGCGCCUUAUAUCAAAUAAAUAACCCUAACGUGCACUCCAAGGGAAAGAAGAGGAAUAAAACAGUGAAACACAAGUAAAUGUAAUUGAUUGACAUUAUGACAUAAGAUUGUAUGUCUGUAAAAUUAAAAUAACAAGAAACAAAGUUACCAGCCCAUGAUUGUUCGUUGCUAGUCAUGAACUGUAGAUCAUCUGUUACUAGACAUGAACUGUAGAUCGUCCGUUACUAGUCAUGAACUAUAGAUCGUCCGUUACUAGACAUCAACUGUAGAUCAUCUGUUACUAGACAUAAACUUAUAUAGUUCGUUACUAGUACAUGUACUGUAGAUCGUGUGUUACUAGACAUGAACUUAUAUCGUUUGUUACUAGUACAUGUACUGUAGAUCGUGUGUUACUAGACAUGAACUUAUAUCGUUCGUUACAAAUACAUGAAUUGUAGAUCGUCCGUUAACAUACAUGAACUGUAGAUCGUCUGUUACUAGACAUGAACUUAUAUCGUUCGUUACUAGACAUGAACUGUAGAUCGUCCGUUACUAGACAUGAACUGUGGAUCGUUCCUUACUAGACAUGAACUAUAGAGCGUAUGUUGAUAGACAUGACCUGUAGAUCGUUCGUUACUGGACAUGAACUGUAGAUCAUCCGUUACUAGACAUGAUAUGCAGAUCGUCCGUCACUAGACAUGAACUGUAGAUCGUCCGUUACUAGACAUGACCUGUAGAUCGUUCGUUACUGGACAUGAACUGUAGAUCAUCUGUUACUAGACAUGAACUGUAGAUCAUCUGUUACUAGACAUGACAUGCAGAUCAUAUGUUACUAGACAUAAACUUAUAUAGUUCGUUACUAGUACACUGAGUGGCCAAAAGUAUUGCAACAAACAUGGUUGACGUCAUCACAAUGUAAAUAACAGCUGCAUGGAAAAACCCAACUUUCAAUGAAAUAAACAUUAUUUAUUUAC